AUCCGUUGCUGUCGUGCCGGAUGGUAUCACUCGGUGAGUGAAAGUCUGUGGUGUUGCCAUCCAGUUUGUUUUGUGGUCGUUUUUGCUGUAAAGCACACUGGCUUCACAAAGGAGAAGUGAUAUUUCGCUCGCACGGAUGGAAGUGCUCAACUCGACUAAAUAACAUUGACUGGGAAUAAGUUUUCUCUCUCGAGCGGAGUGUCAUCACGCUUCCCAGACAUCAUGGCUGCUGGCACUCACUCUCCUGGAGGACCCAAUGGCAUCAUCAGGAGCCAGUCGUUCGCCGGCUUCAGCACCCUGCAGGAGAGACGCUCACGGUGCAACUCCUUUAUGGGGAACUCGGCAGUGCAGAAGAAGCCCAUGUCCAAGCCCAGGAAGCCCCAUCUGUCUGGGCAUAAAUCUAGCGGCAGCAGCAGCAGCUCACGAGAGCCACAGCCCAAACGUGUGGAGGAGGUUUACAGCGCACUCAAACAAGGCCUAGAUGAAUAUCUGGAGGUGCACCAAACUGAGCUGGAUAAACUCACUUCCCUCAUGAAGGACAUGAAGAGGAACUCCAGACUGGGUGUGCUGUAUGAUCUUGACAAGCAAAUCAAGACCAUAGAGCGAUACAUGCGACGACUGGAGUUCCACAUUAGUAAGAUCGAUGAGCUGUACGAGGGCUUUUGCAUUCAGAGGAGGUUGCGUGAUGGCGCCAGUAAGAUGAAACAGGCCUUCACUGCAUCGCCCUCCACUAAAGGCACACGUGAGAGCCUGGCGGAGGUCAACCGCAGAUACAAAGAAUACACAGAGAACAUGAGCACUUUUGAGGGCGAGCUGGAGAACCUGUUGGGGGAGUUUCAUAUCAAAAUGAAAGGAUUGGCUGGUUUUGCCAGACUUUGUCCUGGUGAUCAGUAUGAGAUUUUUAUGAGAUACGGCAGACAGCGAUGGAAACUGAAGGGGAAGAUCGAAGGAAACUCCAAGCAGAGUUGGGAUGGAGAGGAGAUGAUCUUCAUGCCCCUUAUUUCAGACCUUAUAAACAUCAAGGUGACUGAGUUAAAAGGUUUGGCCACUCAUGUUUUGGUGGGCAGUGUGAUCUGUGAAACCAAGGAUCUGUUCACCGCUAUGCCUCAGGUGGUUGCUGUAGAUGUCAACGACCUGGGAACCAUUAAACUGAACCUGGAGGUCGCCUGGUUUCCAUUUGACGUGGAGGAUCUGACUCUGUCCACUGGGAAUGUGAGUAAAGCCACUGCCCUUCAGAGACGGGUUUCAGUCUAUAGCCAAGGCACUCCCGAGACGCCCACUUUCCAGGACACAUCUUUCUUUUCCACUUUACCAGAUGACGUCUUUGAAAAUGGAGGCUGCGGUGUGGCUGAAUGCAAGCGUCUGUCCUUUACCUUCUCAGACACAUCCACCUCAAGCCCCGUCCCUGUCCAGUCAAACCCUGAGAUUACAGUUACCCCUCCCGAGACGGACCUGUCAUCCGAACCACCUCCAGCCUCUGAGGAGCAGCUGGUUGAGGAGGAGUGUGUAGAAGAAGACUGCGGCAGCAUCAGCGUCAGUGUCAGCGUCAGUGAUCCAGACCUUGAGUGGGACCAGGUUGAUACCCAGGGGCCUGAAACAGGCUCUGUGGCCCUCUCGUUGUGCUCUGAGAGUCAGCUUUCUGCGGUGGGACCAGAGGAUGUGGUGUUCCUGGAGCCCAAUGUGUCUGAUGAAGCACUGGAGCUGAAGCCGGUGGAGCUGGAUGGGGAGGAAGGCAGUCUGACCAGGCAGCUGGUGAGGAGGCUGACGUCGUCUGAUAUGCUGCCUGAGACAAGUGCUCUGAGCUGGGCUGGAGAGAACAGCAGGACUUUCAUGGAGAGCAGUCUGGAGGAGGUCAUUCAGUCGCUGCUCCUGCGGCUGGAGAGUUUAGGGCAGCGCUGCGGGGAACUGCAGGACCUGGAGCAGGAAGUCAUGAGACUUGAAGACCUGCUCAAGUGUCGAGUGCAUGCCCAUAGGAGCCGGUCAUCAAGCCUCAGUUUGACGGUAGAAAGCGCUCUGGAAAGUUUUGACUUCCUCAACACCUCUGACUUCGAUGACGAUGACACAGGAGAUGAUGCUGGCGCUCUCUCACGCGCUGUCUUCUUUGACAUGGAGUCAGAGAGAAUGGGGUCAAGUCAGCAUCCAGAAGCGCGAGGCCACCUGAGUGAAGCCCUCACAGAGGACACUGGCGUGGGGAACAGUGUGGCCGGCAGCCCUUUGCCUCUCACUACAGGAAACGAGAACCUAGACGUGGCUGUCGUCAUUCAUCUACAAUACUGCAAUCAUCUCAUUCAGUUGUUGACUUCAGGAGUAAGCCAGUCACAGCAUAAGACGUACCUGCACAAACUAGCAACUCAAACUUUGCUGUUGGAGGAGCUCAGUGAGAGGAACUUUGACAGACCGAGCAGCUGCACUUCAGUGCCUGAUGUGCUGCCCGGGCUGGUGGAGCGGCCGGCACUGAUGUCUUUAUGGUCCGACUGCAGCGGUGGGCUUUUCCACACCACACUGGACAGAGUGUUGAAGCACAUGCAUCUCAGCUUUGCCUUAGGACUGCAACAGGUUCUGCCUCACUCUCCUGACUCAGUGAUCAGGGUGGUGGUGAAUGAGAUGAUGGACAGGAGUGAACUGCCCUCCUCCUCAUCUUCUUCAGCACAGGACGUCAUCACUGUGUUUCAGUAUCACCGCUACAUUGUUGAACACAGUGUCACAGACAUGGAGCAACACCUGCUGGAUUUAGCCAAAGAGGUCAUGCUCGAAGAAGCCCUGAGCUGUGGAGAUGCAGAACGCUCUCUGAAGGAACUACAGGAAGUGUCCGUCACGUGUCUUCAGCCCCGCUCUCAAACCCUAUUGGCUGUGGCUGGUCUGCUGACCACUGAUGACCCUGAAGUGAUAAAGGUCACCUCAGACUUCCUCUCCUCUGCUGCCUCACAUCAGCCCUUCAGGUCAAAGGCUGUUGAUUGUUACACACAAGCCUUAUCAGAAAGUGAGUUACACACACAGAGAGCUGCAUGUGCUGCUCUGAGCUGCCUUCAGGCUGUGGAGAGCAUUGAUGCUGUGAUUUUACUGUGUGACUCAGUGGAUGAAGAGCUCCGGCAGAUUGCCAUCGAAACCCUCCUCACAUUCGGUGAGGAUGGGCGGCUGGCAUAUGAGCAACUGGACACCGUCCCGAGGGAGAUGGUGCGGCUGGGCACUCGGCGUGGAAAUGCGGUUACCACUUCAUUUUAGAUGGGAAAUAAAACAGCAGGAGAUGGGAAAUACAUACAACCUCCUCUCAAGGAGAAAAGUGAGGCCUCGACUUAUCAAUAUCAUGAUAAUUUCUUCACAAGGCCUGUUUUUUUGCAGGAAGUAAUUGUCGCUGGUUAAACAGAAAGAGUGUUUAUUAUUGGCAGUGAUUUGCAGAUUGCAGUCGCACUGUCAGAAGCGUGUAAAUAGCACAGUAUAUUACAUUUCAAUUUUUUUUCCUUGGGAUUCUUGUUGCUCUUUAUGUGCCGUUCUGUUUCAGGGAUUAUAAGGGACUGUUUUAACGAGGAACCAAGAGAGAGACUUUUAGAUUUCAGGUGUUGUUCAAACCCAGCCGGUCAUGCUGACUACUGAAAACGUGAUGUGGACUGGUUUAUAAAUCGCUCGCUUGCCUUCACUGGUCUGGAGGAAGUAUUUCUGUGGACGGAGACUUUAGUGAACAAACGCAUUAACAUGGUACUAAUGCCUGGGCACAUGGGACGGUUCAACAAGGGCUGGUUGGAGCCCGUCGGAGUAUCUGAAAAUGCACUUUUACAUUCAGUCAGAGAAGCGUGAUGCAUUACUGUGAAUUCUGGUUUGUGCGUAAAUGAAGACUGGAAGUAUAUUUGCUCUGUGAUCUGCGAACUCGCUUCUGUGCCUGUUGUUACUGUACUACUGAGUCACGUGACUGUAAUAUCAUUUAUUUAUUUUUCAUAUUUUCCUCAGUAUAUAUGCUAAAGAUGCUGAUUUCACCUUCAAUUUGUUUUGUUUUUUGCUAUAUUUUUUGUUUUUUGUUAUAAGAACAGAUUGUAUUAAUGGCCUACUAAAAACAUUCACUAUAUGAUUCGUCACAGAUUUGGUACUGAGGGGCUAUUUAAUAUUCAAUAAUUUUUUUACAUACAGUAUAUAGUUCGAAUUUUACGUGUAGAAAGAAGUUUUAUUAAUCAUUAUCAUCUUUUAACGGUGUAUUAGCUUGGUUAUACAGUGUUUGUGCUCAAGGAAACCUUUCCUGAACGUCUUUUCAGUAUGAUUAUACGAAACGCUCUUUGCUAAGCUGAUGCUUGCCUCGCUUCGUGAUGUUUACACUUCCUGUGUUGAUCUCGAAAGCUAUGGAGGCAGAUCAGUCUCAAAAAUAAGACAUUUACAAAAUAAAAUUCAUCCAUCCACAACACAAUUCCCAUUUACAAAAUCCAGUUUGUAAGUUCAAAACAAAAUCAAAAAUAUGCAAAUCCAGUUCGUAAAUAAAUUUUUUUUCAAAAAUACGCAAAUCUAAUUCGUAAAUUUAAAAAUAAAUUAAAUCCAAUUAUUAAAUUCAAAAAUAUGCCAAUAUAAAAAAAAAAUUAUAUUCAAAAACACGCAAAUCUAAUUAGUAAGUUAAAAAAACUAUAUAAAAUAUGCAAAUCCAAUUCAUAAAUUUAAAAUUCAAAAAUAUGCAAAACCAAUUUGUAGAUUCAAAAUAUGAUUCAAAAACAUGCAAAUCCAAUUUGUAAACUAAAAAAACUGUUAAAAAAUAUGCAAAUCAAAUUCGUAAAUUAAAAGAUUCAAAAAUACACAAAUCCAAUUCAGAAGUUCAAAAAACGAUUCCAAAAUAAAAAGUUCCAAUUCGUAAAUUAAAAAAUAUAUUUAAAAAAAUAUGCAAAUCUAAUUUGUAAACUAAAAAAAUAUUUAAAAAUACGCAAAUCCAAUUCGUAAAUUCCAAAAAUGAUUAAACUAUAUGCAUAUCCAAAUCUUAAUUCAAAAAAACUAUAUUUUUAUAUAAAAAUAUAUGUAAAUCCAAUUUGCAAAUUCAAAACACGAUUCACAAAUACACAAGUCCAAUCCAUUUGGUGAAAAUAUUCAUAAUUUUCACUUGUGAAUUCAGGAAUUGUGUUUACAGAUGUACAAAUUGGAUUUUGUACAUGUGAAUUGAUCUGUUAAUGUAUGAAUUGAAUUUUUUUUAUGUAUUAUUUUUGAGACUGAUCUGGCUCCAUAAAAGCUCUCAAAUGUGAACAUACGCGCCUAUUUUUACUAGAUUUUCUAUGAUGUGAAAAAUUGUAUGAUGGCAGGAGCUUAAAUCCAUCAAGAAAAGCACAUUGAGGAAUGUACUGAAUGAGUACAGAAAGGUUACUGUAGGCUAUUUGCCUCACAAGCACAACCGAAUUUCAGGAUGACCGUUUUCUGUUGCACAAAGUCCUAAAGCCAUACAGAAUAAUACACAUAUUUAAGGCCCUUUUGUGGUUUCUAUUUAUCAGAAUUAUCUAGAACGGAUAUUCAAAAUUGACACUUUUUUUUUGGUCUUUUCAGCAAUGAGUCGUGUUUUCCUCUUGCUUUUCAAGUUUGUCUGUUGAGCACCGUUACAGUAUUUUGACCCUGGGCAUUGAUGAUCACUCCUUGAAUUCCUUCUUUGCACAGAGAUAAAGGAAAAAGGUUGAACUAAUGUUUAAUUGCCUUGUUUUCAUCUCAGACGGAAGCUCAGUGAGCUGCUUUGUUGUUCAAACCUCAUGGAAAAAAAAAAAAAAAAAAAAAAAAAAUGUUGUAAGAAAGCUGUCGUUCUUAUGGUUUGAGCGUGUGUAUGUGUCGAGGGCUUGAGCGACAGCUUGCCAUUGCAAUAGCUAAUACUGUCUGAAUGAACGCAGAUUUCACUCAACAUCACAAUGCUAACAUUCCCUCGCUGUUUGCUUUUUUCAUUUUUCUUGGGUUUACCGUUUUUCUGCUGAAAGUGGCAAUAAAAUUUAUUUUUGCAUAAUUA